GCAGAAGAGGACCUCACAGAGAGCAGGAAGGGCUUUUUUUACUGGUCUUCAUAGUAGAAUAUAAAGCAGUGAGGGGGUGUGGACCUCACGCUGGGAGCUGAGCAGCACUGACGCAGAAUACGCAUUCAAGAUUGUUGCUCAGCGGAAGCAUAGGCAGAACUGCACAGAAUGUCUAAACAGCCGUCGACCAAUGUAAAAGCCCUGCAGGCCAACCUCAAUAUUCCAAUGGGGGCUCUGCGUCCUGGGGCAGGACUUCCUGCGAAGAGGAGAGAGGAUACAGUAGAAACAGAGGAGGCAUCCCCAGUUACUCCAGACGAAAAAAAGCCCCUGCCUGGUGCUGUGAAACUACCGGGCCCUGCCGUCAACCUCUCUGAGAUCCAAAACGUAAAGAGUGAGCUCAGAUGGGUCACCAAAGACUAAACAUCACAGGUGACUCCGCCCCCAGUCCACUUCCCUUUGUGUCCAAGGCAUUGGUUAUGCUCUCAAUUCAUUCAGAUUCAAGCAUUUACCAUAAACUCCCUGAGCUUCGAUCGCAAUGGAAUCAAUAAUAAGCCUUAAUGACGACACAACUUACCACUGACCUAAGAAUGCAUAAGGGGGUGGAUUUCAGCAGAAAAAAGACUGAUGAUAAUUCACCAGUUAGAAGCUCUGGCUCUAAACCAGGGUUUUAUGUCUGUCUAAAAUUGGCCUUCUCUGUUUAAACCUCCCUGUAUGCUAUUUUGUCUUUUUAAAUUUACUGUGUAUAUAGUAGGCUAUAGUAAAUCUGUAUUCUACUAUCAUGUAUAGAGUCAGUUAUACUGUCAUGUACAGUGCUGUUUAUCUUGAAUUAUAGUCAAUUUAUAAGACUGCUGACACUGAAUGGAACAAUAAUAUAAUGGUAUAAUUCAUCCAUGCUCCAUAAAAAUGUCUUGAAACAUUUAUCUUGAACAAAUGUGACACUAAAAAAUCUAUUUUCUUAUAAGUUUUCUUUUAAAUCAACAAAUUUUUUCACCUUUUGCCAUUCCCUCUCUGUCUCUAUCUUCGGCUUUGUUCUUGUGGGUUGCAGUAUAUGAGUAGGCUGUUGCAUAAUAAAACUCGAUUUAGCGUUCUCUCCAGGAGCAAGCCCGUAGGAGGAUGAAGCCAGCACUUGUUAUCCUCGAACAAAUAGAACUGGAUUUCAAAUGGUGCACCAUCAGUUUGUUAUGUACAUAAACUAGAAGCAGAUUAACAGUGUUAAACUCCUCUUUUCUUCCCUUGUAAAUUACAUUGCUUGUGUCUAUACUGUUUAUAUAACUCCCUAGCAGUUGAAGGUGUCCUGUAAUUGGAGUGAAAGUGUCCUUAUUAAAGAACAUGUAUUCAUCCUUA